AUGGGUCAAACGGCCUCAGUCCCCAAGCCAGGAACUCAGAUCCAAGUCAUUGGAGCCGGGCUGCCUCGUACUGGGACCACGUCCUUCAGCGCCGCCCUGGCCAUCCUCCUCGACAGCCCGGUCUACCACAUCAACACCCAGAUAACCGCCGGACACCCUACCGAGAUAAAAGCAUGGAUUCACAUCCUCCACGCUUGGGUCAAUGGCGACCGCACCGCCGUCUUGUCCCUGCUUAGAUCCCGUCUUACCGGCUACGCAGCCGUCACCGACACUCCGGGCUGUCAGCUUAUCCCAGAACUACUAGACCUCUACCCACACGCCAAGGUCAUCUGUACCGUGCGAGAUCCGGAAGCGUGGGAGCGGAGCAUGAUGCAGGCUCAUGGCAUGACGGUCUUUUGGUUCCUCAGAAUCCUUCUCCUCCCGCAACCAGGGAUGAGACAUUUCGUAGACUUCACCUGGUUGGUGCGACGGCUGUGGAGCGGUCGGUAUGCGGACGGUCGGCGAUUGAACUCAGUAAAGAACGUACGCGAGACGCUGCCCACUCGCGAGACGUAUGCGCGACAUCUGGCGUGGCUAAGGGACGUUGUCCCCGCGGACCGGCUGGUGAUGUUCGACGUGAGAGAGGGCUGGGGGCCGCUGUGUGAAGUUCUGGGAAAAGAGCUUCCUCCUAGUGAUGUACCCUUUCCGCAUGAGAAUGAUUCAGCUAGGAUUGAGCGAACGGCUAGAUAUCAUAUCCGGAGGGCUUUGCUGGAGUACAAGCGACCAAUGCAUUGUUAG